AUGGCUUCCCUAGAAUCAUCACAUGCUCUGCCUCCUUUGCCCGAAUCCAUCAAACCAGUCCUUAAUUUGUGUCAUUAUGAUGAGUUUGGUAACACAAUCGAGCAAACCCUCCAUAUGGAUGCUCUGUUCACGGUCGUCUCUAACAUCAUGGAAGCCUCACUCAAGAUCUCUGAUCCAAACGUAAAGCUUAAUGUUAACAAGGAGGCCAGGUCAAGUCCUUUCGGUUUCAAUUCACCCACAGAACGGCUUCGGAAAAUUGCUUGUCAGAUGAGGAGUACAGUUGUUGAUAAGGAAUACUCGCAUGCACACGAAACAGCAGAGAGGAUAAUCACAGAUCUGAAGGAAUAUCCAUGGCAUGCAAGAGCAGUGAUGGCACUAGCAGCAUUUGCUUUAGAUUAUGCGAAUUUCCAUCUUCUUUCUCAGGUUAAAGAUGGCGACCACCUUGGAGCAUCAUUGGCUGUCUUGAAUGAUGUUCAAGGAAGCAUCAUCAGUACUAAUAAGGAAACCGUUUCCACAUACCACUGUCUGGUGAGGAACGUUUUCUUAACUGUCCAAUGUUUGGUUAAGUUGAUGGGAAUGUUGCAGCGACAUGAUCAUGCCAAAUUUGAGGACAUGAUUCCCACUUUGGACAAAGCUAGGCAUGAAUUCCCUGAUUUUGUUUAUUGGGCUGUCUUUGCGACUGUUGUUUGCAGCAGCACUCUUUACAUGGGCUCCAGUCGUUGGGUCAGCAACGGCACACUAUCCGAAACUAGAGACUGGAUUUCCCAUGUUCAUGAAACAUUAAAUGACUACCUGAAGCAGAUAGAGGAUGUGAAAGGUAUUAUGGAUGAAUAUUUACAACGUCAAGUUGGGGCAUUCGUAACUCCUACAGGAAUUUUACAAGUUUUGAAGUGUCUGUUAUUCCCCAAAGAUACGAAGAAGCACUCCGUGUAUUACGGCUCCAUGAAAUCAAGGGUGAAGAUCGAUGAUGAAAUGUUCAACAACAAUGUGUGUUGCUGUUCAUUUCCGAACUGUUCGGCAUCGAAGAGGAGAUUAAGCUUUUGA